UUUCUUAGAGCUGCCUUGUGAAAGCCUGGCCCCACUGAAGUCUGUGCAAAACCUCCCUUGUCUUCAAUGGAUUCUGGAUUUCACCCAUUGUUUCGGGCUGACUGCAGGGACCCUGGACUGUAGUGGUGCAGAGCAUCUAUUCAGCAUCCUCCUUCCCCCCGCCGUGCACUCCAAGUCCAGAAGGGACCACUGUGAUCACCCAGUCUGGCUGAGUUACAUGGGGAUGGAUACCCCCCUGAAGAUAUUUUCUGUGCCAGUGGUAUUUGAUGACAUCGCUGUCUAUUUCUCCCGGGAGGAGUGGGACAUGUUUGCAGAGUGGCAGAAGGAGCUGUACCGGGAGGUGAUGACGGAGAACUAUGAAAUGCUGCUUUCUUUGGGCUACCUGGGCCCCAAGCCUGACCUCUUAUAUCGGCUGGAGCGUGGGGAAGAGCCGUGGGUCCACACCCCACAGGGCCCCGUGGCGUGGGAGAGCCCCUCUCCGGCAGAGGAGGAGGAGCAGUUCUGUGAGCCAUGGGUCAGCCCCCAGCAGGACUCCAGGAUGUGGGAGCCUCCAGAGAGUCACUGCCGAGGCGGCGAUGUCCUGAGUGGGUCCGGGGAGCAGCAGCGCCAGUUAUGGGCCAGCAUCCUCCAGUGCGCCGUGGCAUGGGAGAGACCCGAGAGCAUCGGCCGAGCAGAUGGCAGGUCCAGGAGCAGUUCUGAGGAGCAGCAUCCGGAUGAAGGGGCUGAGACCCUGCAGCCCUACAGGGUGUUACUCCGGGGAUCAGAAGAGGGAGCUGUCCUGAGCCCUGAGCUGCAAGGAGCUGCCCUGAGCUCGUGUGGGUCUCAGAGACUGGAGAGUGAGCUGGGGGCCAUGCGGGGGUGUGUCUGGUGCUCUAGCACCUCCCCAAAUAUGCGGUCAGGGCCUGAGACUGGAGAGGGGCCGAGCCCGUGCCUGGUGUGUGCCCCGAGAGCCAAUGGGACGGCCCCUCCCGGCGUGCAGGAGAGCAGCGUUCCCAAGAAAGAGAAGCCCCACAAGUGCCCGGAGUGCGGGAAAGGUUUCCGGAGGAAGUGGGAUCUCACCAAGCACCAGAGAACCCACUCGGGGGAGCGCCCCUACCCCUGCACGGACUGCAGCAAGAGCUUCAGCCACGUCUCCAACCUCAUCAAGCACCAGCGCAUCCACACCGGGGAGCGGCCCUUCGCCUGCAACCUCUGCGGGCGCAGCUUCACCCUGAAGCAGGUGCUGGUCCGCCACCAGCGCAUCCACACGGGCGAGCGGCCCUUCGCCUGCACUGACUGCGACAAGAGCUUCAAGGACAAGCAGAAGCUGACCAUCCACCAGCGCAUCCACACCGGCGAGCGGCCCUACGUCUGCGCUGACUGCGGCAAGAGCUUCGGCCAGAGCCAGCGGCUCAAGACGCACCGGCGCAUCCACACGGGAGAGAAGCCCUACCUCUGCAGCGACUGCGGCCGGGCCUUCAGCCAGGUCUCCAAUCUGUACACGCACUGGCGGACCCACACAGGCGAGCGCCCCUACCCCUGCGCCUACUGUGGCAAGAGCUUCAGCCUGAAGCACGACCUCACCAAGCACCAGCGGGUGCACACGGGCGAGCGCCCCUACCCCUGCACGGACUGCAACAAGAGCUUCAGCCAGAAGCAGGACCUCACCAAGCACCAGCGGGUGCACACGGGCGAGCGCCCCUAUCCCUGCGCCCAGUGCGGCAAGAGCUUCAGCAACGUGUCCAACCUCCUUGCCCACCAACGGACCCACCUGGGCCAGCGGCUCCCAGCGGCCGGCCGGGCCCAGCCCGGCAAGGAAUGAACCACCAUCGGGGUGCUGCUGUGAGCCGGUCGGGAAAUUGGGGUGGGUGAUGGAACCACGUGACUUGGGCCAUGACCCGUGUUCUGCUCCCCUUCCAGCCGGUGCAAAUGAGGAGCCAGUGUCAGCAGAUGUGCUAACUGAGGGAGCUGAGCGGAGGGGGGAGCAGGGAAAGGGACUAGCUGCGGGGGCUAGAACAAGCCACCCCAGCCAACAUGUCUGGCAGCACCUCCAGGACUGAGAUCCCAUUGGUUUCAACAGCACUUUCACCAGAGUCUGAUUCUCCGCCCCCAGACAUCUCAAGCAAGCGAAGUUACAGUGGAGUCGCAUCACAGGCACAUUUAAUUUACGUGAUUUUAACUAUACGCGCUCGGCAAAACAAAAGAGAGAAAUAACAAUUGAAAUACUGUACCUGUAGCGCGGGCGAUUCCGCCCGCCAUUCCACUCAAUGAGCAUUUGACUAUACGCGAUUUUCGCCUUACGCGCUGACUUCAGAACCUAACCUCCGUGUAACAUCCAUCUCCCCUGUGUGUUCUUGUGGCCUGGGCCCUGGCAACCAGCUCUGUGUGUGUUACACUCUAUUACUGCUUAGUCCUGCUUCCUGAGCGGCUCACCCCGAUGGGAGCCUCGCCCUGCUGACCGGGCCUCACCCCUGGGUGGAGCUGCCUGGCCCAGACAGUGCAGGUGACUGCGGUAAUAGGGGC